AUGUCGGAGGAAGUGCUGAAGAAAAGGAUGGGUGGAAUUAUUGAGUCUGUAGCGUUGUUGGAGUCCUACAAGAAGGAUUUCGAUAAGGAGAAACCGCCACCAGGGCAUGUCCAGGCGUGGUCAGAAAAGCUGGAAUCACUAUAUGAGCUGUUUCAUCGCUCCGCAGCUGAGUAUGAGGCUUUACCUAGAGAAGAGGAGAAUCCGCUUCCGGAGCUGAACCUUCCCAAGUUCUCCGGGAAGCUUGAAGACUGGUGCGCUUUCCGAGAUUUGUUUGAUUCAGCUGUAGGCUCCCGCACGGACAUUGGCUCGGUCGAAAAACUCCAGUAUCUGAAGGGAUCCGUUCAGGGUGAAGCUGCACGUCUGCUGGAGCCGAUCAAAACAUCCGAGCAGGGGUAUAGGGAUGCCUGGAGAACCCUACGGCUGAGGUACGAGAAUAAGCGGCAGCUGAUCAAAUGUCACAUCCGGAUGCUUUUUGAAGUUCCGUUCAUGAAAAAGGAGUCUGCCGACAAGCUGCUUGGUUUGGUCGACCGGUUCGAGCAACAAAUCUCUGUGCUCAAGUCUCUUGGUGAGCCAGCAGAUAAAUGGAGCUCGAUUAUCUAUAUUUGCUAUCCACCUGCCUGGACGCUUCGCACCUGGGAGUGCCAUUGUGCCAAGAUGGAUUCCGAGAACGUCGCUGCUGUACUUGGAAUGAUCGCCACUAAGCAAGGAAAUGAGGAAGUCGAGGGAAUGCCAUCGUAUGUGUUGAUGGUGAACUUUCUGCAAAAUCACGCUCGAGUUCUACGAGCUGCAUCUCUAGAACCAACAUCAUUCCGGGACCGGAGGCCAAAAGUUCAGAAAUCGGCAUCGUAUCCAGUUACGAUUUCAUCGGUGACGGUAUCUUCGCAACCACUGCCUUUGUCGUCGGCGUCUGCUUUCAGGAAGUGUUGCAUGCAGUGUGUUGCACCCCACUUCCUCUAUCACUGUCCCAUGUUCCAGAAGCCCGACUUUAAGGGGAGCAUCAACGUUGUGAGGCAGCACAAUCUGUGCUUGAAUUGUUUGCGCUCUACGUCUCACUUCGCAAGGGACUGUCCAGCGCAAGGUUGUCAUCGUUGCCAGCAGCGACAUCACACGAUUCUUCACGUCGCUAACUCCGCUCAGAGAAACACCCCGAUGGAAGCUAGAGGGGAAUCUAGUGUAUCUGUUUCUGCUCCUCCUGCUCCGACUUCCUCCGGAGAAUGUUCCCAAUCCGGAAACCCACAUGUGGCCUGUGUAGCUUCCACCGACACCGCGACCUCCAGUGUCGUCUUUCUUCCGACUGCGCUAGUCAACAUUCGUGACAGCAAGGGCGCUGUUUACACUGCUCGUUGUCUGCUGGAUAGUGCAUCCCAGCAUGACUUCAUCGCACAGAGGCUGUGCGACCGCUUGAAGCUUCCUCGUCUACGACUGCCGGUUCCCAUUCGAGUGUGUGGUAUCGGAGGUGCCACGACAUCGGUCACACAUCAAGUCGUUGCUGCUCUUUCUUCUCGAGUUUCUCCGUUUGCAGUGAAGGCAAAUGCCCUCGUUCUACCAACCAUCACGGUGCGGUUACCACAAACCGCCACCGAUCUUCGAAAUUGGUCUGUCCCGGAUCAUGUGGAUUUGGCAGAUCCAACGUUUGCGAUACCUGGCGACAUCGAUGUCAUUCUGGGUAGCACACACUUCUUCCGCUUACUACGCUACGGUUCCAUCACGAUCGGUGACAAGCUGCCGACGCUGCAGCGGACAGAAUUUGGCUGGGUCGUUUCGGGCGGCUGCACACUGUUCAACCAUGAUCAUUCGGAUCCACGAACCUGCCAUUUCAGCACCGAGUCCACGCUCGAAGAACUCGUACAUCGUUUCUGGUCCCUGGAAGAACUGCACGACACCAAAGGGUGGUCGCCUUCCGAGCGGUUCUGCGAAAAGCACUUUGUCGAGAACACCACACGCAAUCCGGACGGGCGAUACGUAGUAAAGCUUCCAAAACGGGAAGAACUUCUUUGGCAACUGGAUAGCAACCACUACAACGCCACCCGUCGCUUCUACGCUCUGGAAAGAUCCCUGUCGAGGGACCCGGAGAAGAAGGCGAUGUAUUUUCGAUUCAUCCAGCAGUAUGUGUCGUUGGGACAUAUGCGAGCGGUUACCGCCGAAGAACUUGACGUGAAGCCCCAGUACGUUUUGCCUCAUCACGCGGUGAUGAAACCGGAGAGCACGACUACAAAACUGCGCACGGUAUUCGAUGCUUCCUGCCGGUCAAGAACCGGACUUUCACUCAACGACGUACUGAUCGCUGGGCCUACUAUCCAAGACGAACUCGUGUGUUUGGUUUUACGUUUUCGCAUGUACCGUUUUGUCGUGUCUGCCGACAUAGAGAAGAUGUUUCGACAGAUUCUGGUGCAUCCAAGCGAUCAACCACUACUACGCAUCCUCUGGCGUGGCGACAAGGAUUCGCCACUUACGACAUUCCAACUUCUCACCGUUACGUACGGUACCAAUAGCGCUCCGUUUCUGGCGGCUCGCACAUUGCAGAAGCUCGCCGAUGAUGAAGAAUCUCGCUUCCCACUGGCCGCACCAGUCGUUCGCAACGAUUUCUACGUCGACAAUCUGCUCACUGGGGCAGACAAUAUUUCGGAUCUGAUCGUCGUGUGUGAGCAGCUGAUUCGUAUCAUGAAUGCAGCUGGUAUGUCGCUUCGUCAAUGGUCGUCGAAUAGCCAAGAGAUCCUGGACACCAUUCCCGUUGACCUCCGUGAAACAGAAACUAUUCUCGAACUGGAUCGGGAAAGUUUCGUGACAGCUUUGGGGCUUCGUUGGGAGCCUUCUACGGACCUUCUCUCCUUCAAGCAACGGAAGUGGGUCGGCGGCAAACGGUUGACAAAACGCAUUAUACUUUCGUUUAUCAGUAGCCUGCUUGAUCCGCCGGGUUUGAUCGGUCCGUUCAUCGUCAAGUUGAAAAUAUUGCUGCAGAUGUUGUGGAAGCUGGAACUGGACUGGGACAUCGAAGUGCCAGCUGGGUUCGCACGGACUUGGUCAGAACUUCAACAGAGCAUACACCUCCUCAGCCAACUGAAAAUUCCUCGACAAAUCGUCGAAACGAAUGCCCGUCUGGAGAUUCACGGUUUUUGUGACGCUUCGCUAGAUGCCUACGGAGCUUGCCUUUAUCUCCGAUCAGUUUUGACAGACGGUAUCGUCACAGUACACCUCGUCACCGCAAAAUCGAAGGUCGCUCCGCUUGGGAGCCAAUCUAUACCGAGACUUGAGCUGUGUGCUGCGCUCCUACUGGCCCAUCUCCUCACGAAGUUCUCUAGAAGCGUCGAUAUCAACAGCAAGGUUUAUCUCUGGUCUGAUUCGACGAUCGUCCUGAACUGGCUUGCAGCAACGCCGUCGACCUGGGAAGUUUACGUCGCAAACCGCGUAGCUGAAAUACAGGAGCUGACCGCACAUGCCUGCUGGCACCAUGUUGCCUCCGGAGACAAUCCCGCUGAUCUAAUCUCCCGUGGCACUACGCUCGACGUUCUCCUCGACAAUUCGCUAUGGUGGCAUGGCGCACCUUGGUUAACGAAAGCUGAAGAAGAAUGGCCACAAUCGUCGUUCGCACCAGUGGCCGCUUUCGAGAUGGGAAGACGCAAGGUUGUCGCACUUCCAGUCGUCGUAGAAGACGCCGACAUCAUCGAUCGCUACUCCAGCCUCAGUCGCCUUCUUCGUAUCUCUUCGUGGUGUCAUCGUUUCGUUGGAAACAUUCGGCGAAAGGCACAAGGACAGCAAGCGCAAAGUGGACCUCUAAUGCCGGAAGAAAUCGACAGCGUAUAA